CUAUACUUCACUACUACUCUCUCCUUACUACAGUACUACUUCAUCAGUUCAGUAGUAUUGUUUAGUAAUCUUUUCUUUCUUUUCAAAUAUCCCACUGAAAAUAGCUGCUGUGAGUUCACUGAUGUCAAGGGCGGUAGUGGCUGCUGCGGCAGAGGGGGAGGAGAAUUUAGUGGUGGUUAGAGAGUAUGAUGAAGAGAAAGACAAGGAGGGUGUGGAGGAGAUGGAGAGGCGUUGUGAAAUUGGGGAAGGAGGAAAGCCUUCACUCGUGGCUGACCUUCUAGGGGACCCCAUUUGUAGAGUCCGCCACUUCCCAUCUCACAUCAUGCUGGUAGCAGAAUAUGGAGAGAAAAGAGAGAUUGUAGGAGUUAUAAGAGGGUGUAUAAAAACUGUGACAAGAGGGAAUUUAAUGUAUGCAAAGGUAGCUUAUAUUCUGGGAUUAAGGGUCUCUCCUUCCCACAGGAGGCUAGGCAUUGGCAAAAAAUUGGUUCAGAAAUUAGAACAAUGGUGCAAACAGAAUGGAGCAGAAUAUGCAUACAUGGCCACGGAUUGCACCAAUGAAGCAUCCAUCCAUUUAUUCACAAGAAAAUGUGCAUACACGAAAUUCCGAACCCCAACAAUGCUGGUGCAGCCAGUUCAUGCUCACUACAAGCCAUUAGGCUCAGGCAUCGCCAUUGUCCGACUCAAUCCAAGGCUAGCUGAGACCAUUUACCGUCGCGUUUUCGCAAACUCAGAAUUCUUCCCUAAAGAUAUAGACAACAUUUUGUGCAACAGGCUGAAUUUGGGCACGUUCAUGGCCUUACCGAGGAAGUGUCUCCCCAAAUGGGAUCCCAAAACAGGGAUUCUUCCACCAAGUUUCGCAAUUACGAGUGUUUGGAGCACCAAGCAAUUGUUCAGGUUGCAAGUGAAGGGGGUUUCAAUGUUGACGUACGCUUGUUGCAUGGCUUCCAGGGUGCUUGAUGCCUGGAUGCCAUGGCUAAUGUUGCCCUCAAUCCCUGAUGUUUUCAGGCAGUUUUGGGUUUAUUUCUUGUACGGAUUACACAUGGAAGGUAAGAAUGGAUCGCGGCUCAUGAAAUCUCUAUGUGCCUUCGCCCAUAACAUGGGUACAGAUGAUGAAGGGUGUGGGGCAGUGCUGGCUGAGGUGGGCCAGAGGGACCCCGUUCGAGAGGCCAUUCCACAUUGGAGGAAAUUUUCUAUGUCCGAGGAUUUAUGGUGCAUGAAAAAGUUUGCGGAUGAUGCUAAUGAAGGGUCCAAUGAAAGAUGUGGACCGUCCGAUUGGUUGAAAUCUCGACCUUCUUUAUUGUCGAUUUUUGUAGACCCACGUGAUAUUUGA